AUGACGGCCGCGGGCUCGCAGGCCUCCUACCAGGAUCUUCUUCAGAGCGAAUUGGAUGCUUUGCUGGGUUCUGGAGACGAGGGCGCCGCUGCUGCUGCUGCGCGCGCAGAGCCACCUUCCAAGAAGACGAAGUUCUGCGCGGCAGUCAGCAUCAAGUGCGAUGAGACAACGUGGGCGGCGUACGUGAGGAAGAAGAAGGAGAUGAUACCUCAGGGCAGGGCCUGCAGAGAUUGUAUGCAAUUGUUGCUUGAUGUCUGGCCAGGCGUUUCAUGGGGGGAUCACGCCACGAAGUACACUGCGAACAUCGAUGACCACAAAACGAAGGUCGACAUGGCGAAGGAGAUCAAGCUGAAGAAGAUUGAGGCUCCGUUCAACCAGGCAGAGGUCAGAUCGACCGAAACUGUGGGUUCCUACUUGUACUGGGAUGGCAUUGUCUUGGACUCGGAUCAAUUCACAAAAAAGUUCUUGCAUACCCACGAAGGCAUCCCGGAUGUAAUGGAGAUCUCGCUCAACAGAAAUUUGGACGGCACAGAAGAAAAAGCAUUCGUAUUCCAAGACCCCGACCAACCCUACCGCAAGAUUCGCUUCUUCAGUCAGUGCGAUUUGUCGAAGAGUAUUGGGUUGUUGCCAGCAGAGAAGCACUUGGUGGAUGGCCAAGCACGGGCCAAGUUCGAUUCGCAGAUGAAGCUAGAUGUUGGAGCUCGGAUCCAGCAGCUCCGAGGAAAUCAAUUCGCCAACCUCCCGACGCUGCAGGCGAUCGAGGAGAACGUCCGCAAGGUCAAGGCGGAUGAGGAUUCGAAGAAGAACAAAGACCUCGAGCAGAUGAAACAAUGGGAAGAGAGGAGGCGAGAGAAGAAAGCUGCCGGAGAAGAGCUUGAUGACAUCGGCAAAGAACUAUUUGAAUCGUCCUCCGAGGCCAGCGACGAAGGGCAAGUAGUCACCACGACACAUGUUCCAAAGGAGCAGGGCAAUGCCAAGACGCUCGCAGGCAAGUCUAAGAAAGGUGCAUCGUCGGGAGCGGCCGCAGCGAGGGCUUCAGUUGCUGGCUCCGUGGCUGGCGACCUCGGCGGCAUCGAGGAGUUGGAGAUCCAAAGCGGGGGCCUGAGUGGAAGCAAGACGGUCGUGUCGAUGAACACCGCCAGAUCGCCUGCCAAGGGAGACGCCCCAUCGGAUCCGAAGGGCGCGGUCGAGUAUUGGAUGAAUCGCGUGGACAUUGAUGACAUUCUCAGGACUGGCGCGAAGCUUGGGAAGGACAUCUUCCAGGCUGGCAAGAAGGCAAUGCAGGAGCACCCGAAGGCUGGUCGCAGCGCAGAGAGGCAUUGCAGAGUCGCAAGGCUGGCCGUCAAUUUAAACAAAGAGCACUUGCCCAAAAUGAAAGUGGCUGAGCUGAAGCAGCACCUGAAGGAGUUGAUAUCCUACAAGAUCGUGCUCCCGCAGUCGCACCAGCUGCUAGUUUGCGCGACGAAGGAAAACGAGUUGCGCCAGUCACCAUCCUUCGCUGGAUUUGCUGAGAACAGCGAUUUCUUUGAACUCUUACGCCUAGACGGUAUUACCAGCACGGGCGGCAGCUCAGGCGAGGGGAACGAGCAGCCUCCUCCGCAGCAUUCACAGCAGCAAGUCAUGCCCACGGCCUCUGAAUCAAAAUUCGACCCCAUGGAACCUAAGUUGAGCGAAGUCGACGGUAUUGAUUUGAGGUCGGCGGUUUCCUUCAUUGACGAGAAGUACAUCAGUGGCAAAAUGCUGUCUGCACUCAUGGCGAAGAAUCACAAAGCCGCUUUGGAUAUUGCCGAGGCGUGCGCUAAGGUCUUGGCCACAGCCUCAGACGGCGAGGUGAUCUCUUCUGCGUCAAUUGCGUGCCGCUGCGUGAUCGCCAUCUUCCACAGCUCGCCCGGCGUUCAGAGGAGCACCAAGGACGACGUCAACAUAGUUCUGGACAGCACAGCCAGCGGCGCGAUCUCUGACGGUGCGGGCGUGAAGCGCGACGAGGACUACUUCAAUGUGUUCAAGGAAGUCUUGGAGGAGAACUACAGCAAGAAGAUCGGCGAGUUUUUCAAGUUCACCAUCGCUGAGCAGACUCACCUGCCAGAACUGACGGCCAUCUGCAACAUAGUCGAGCCCGAGAACCUCGAUGCCAUCAACCAGGCCCUCAAAAAGCUACCAGUCUUGACACAGACAUGCAGGGCGGGUGCAACGAGCGAGCUUGAGACGAAGACGCUCGCGGCCAUCCAGGGCCGCAAGUUGUUGUGCGUCAAUGCUCCCGACUCCACCACUCUGGAUUACUUUGAGGGCUUCAUGAACACAGUUAAGCUUGCCAUCGAGAACAUGCCCCAAAAGGUAGACGAGCUGGUGGCUAUUCGCACUGAGAUUGCGACGCUCCUGCAGAACAGGUCGAAGAGCCACAGGCUGAAGCAUUUGGGCGAGAAUUUGAAGGUGGCCACGGCAGCUCGGAACCUGACCGGAGCCUGGGAGAACUGCAAAGGCAUUGAGCUGCCGCAGUCCGGGGAGUACCCUAUCGAUGAGGCCAUUCCCAAGAUUAUCGCCGGAGCCCGAGUGAAUGUAGUUUCAUCAAGCAUCGAAGCAUUCGAAGAUGUUGACGAGUGCAUCAAAAAGCUCGAGGGCAGGACCAGCAUCAGCAAGAACAUAAAGGAUGAGUUCGAAUUAUACAGGUUGGCAGUUAUGAUGAAGAAGCAUCGCGGUAUGACUGGGGCUCUCAACGCAAAUUCACCACAGCUCCCAGCGGUUGCAAAGAUUAUUGCUGCAUCCCUGAAGUCCUGGAACGACAUGCGGCCGCAGUUUGAGAUCACCGAGUCGAAGGGCGCCGACGACACGAGUAUGGUGAUCGAGAAUUUCAAAACGUUCGAUGCAGAGGUGACGGAACACACGAAAGUCGUGAAGGCAUGCGGCAUGCAGUUCGCAGACGACGCGCUGAGGAAACUAGAUUCUUUCUCUGAACAGUUGCAGCCUGCAGUGGAUAAUGCUAAAUGGAAGGAGGGCCUCGACUCUGCUGCAAACCUGGAGGUCUUGAUAGCUGCCGCAACAGAGAAAGGCAUGUGGAGCAUGAAUGCAGAGACGAUCUACAAACACAUACAGAAGAUGAUGACAGGGCUCGUGGAGUACAACGCGAUCGUGGAUCAGUACGACAUAGAUCAGGAACAAAAUGAAGAUGCAGCAACACAGAAACACCUCAAGGACCUGAAAGAGACCAUGACCACGGCUACUAUCUGCCGCAUGGAGGGGCGGCUCAUGAAGAUAUUCGAGAAGAGAUCUGCGGUCGACGGAGCUGAAAAGAGCAAGAGGUUCCAGCAGCUCAUCAACAAAGAGCUCAAGACGCUCGCCGAUGCAAGCAUCGACGCCCAACUGAUGCACCCGACGAUCAACGAGAUGGUGAGCUCAUCCAUGAGCACAUGUUGGGGCCAGACCUACACCAACCCAUUCAUGAUGUGGGGUAAGUCUGGCAAGCCCGGCAAGGCCCCAAUCGGCUCUGGCGAACCUUAUAAAAGGCACAGUGCCACGCUCAGGCCGGGGAGACUGGCUAGCGGCCAGUCGCGGCCACAGGGUUGCGACAGAGAUGAAGCCCGGGCGGCAGCGAGCGAAGGGGGCGGGGGCCCGAGGCGCUUGCUCGAGCUGCUGGCGGCCGUGCUCGGGCCGCCGGCCUCCUGCAGCGGCGGCGGCGAGGGAGGCCAGCAAUGCAACAAGGCAUUGGUCUUCUGCAUGACGAAGAAGUUCGCAGAUGGGCUGGUCGAUCGCCUAGGAGCGGCCGGGUGGCCCGCGGCCGCGGUCCACGGCAACAAGGCACAAAAGGAGCGCCUGUGGAACCUGGAGGAGUUCGCGUCCGGGGAGUCCCGCGUCCUUGUGGCCACCGACGUCCUCGGGCGCGGGCUGGACAUUCCGCAGGUGACCCACGUGUUCAUCUACGACUUCCCGCAUUCCGUGGAAGAGUACGCGCACCGCAUCGGCCGUACCGCGCGCGGCGUGGACGGCCGCGGCGAUGCCGUCGCUUUCUUCGAGUUCGUGCCGUCGUUGCCCGACUUGGCGACCGAGCUGAUCGACUCCCUGGAAGCCGCCGAGCAGCCCGUGCCCGGCGAGCUGCGCCAGCUCGCGGCGGACGUGGCGUCCGGCGCCUUGGCGAGGCGCGACGAGGAGGCGUGGCGGGCGGCCGCCAAGCGGGCGCCCGCCAGAGGGGGCACGGCCCACUGGGACGCCGGCUCCGACGCCGAGCUGCCGAUGGCGACCGACACGGAGCUCGGGCAGGACUGGCACGCUGGCGGGCAGAGGUCUUGGCUGCUGUGCGCGGGCGGCGGCGACGCGGCCACGGGCUGGCUGGUCUUUCACAGCGAGGGCCGGCUGCGGACCGACGCCGGGGAGGGCAAGUGGCGGCUCACGGACGCUGGGCGCAUGGUCGUGGAGGUGGGCGACGGGGGGCCGGGCGCAUUGCGGGACGAGCUGCAGCUUCACCUCAGGUGGGGGGGCAGACGCCGGGAGAACUUUUCCUCUGCCGAUGGUACGUCGAGGCUCACUGGCUGGGUCACGAAGAGCAAGCAGUACCGCUACGAGACGCCAGCCUGA